AUGGCCGAGCCCGACGACUCCGCCGACCGGUCUCACCUGGAAGGCCGAUCGACCUCUGAGGAAGAGGAGGAGGAGGCUGAAGACUCUUCGGCAUUGUCACAGGCAUUGUCCCAUGCGUCAUCGCCCAAGGACGGUGACUCCGCUGAAGACACUGAGGGGGCCGAGGAGCAUCCGGAAGGGGAAACACAGAAUGAAGACCAGAGGGAACUCAGAGGAAGAACCGGAGGGGAGGCGGAAGAGGAGACGGAAGGGGAAACUGAGGGGGAGACUGAAGGAGGGCGAGAAGGAGAGACAGAAGAGCAGAUUGAAGGGGGAAGCGAAGGGGCCACUGAAGGAGAAACGGAAGGAGAGAUAGAAGGGGAGAUGACUGAAGGGGAGACGAUUGAAGGGGAGAUGACUGAAGGGGAGACGAUUGAAGGAGAGGUGACUGAAGGGGAGACGAUUGAAGGGGAGAUGACUGAAGGGGAGAUGGAAGGGGAGACGAUUGAAGGGGAGAUGGAAGGGGAGACGAUUGAAGGGGAGAUGGAAGGGGAGACGAUUGAAGGGGAGAUGACUGAAGGGGAGACGGAAGGGGAGAUGAUUGAAGGAGAGAUGACUGAAGGAGAGAUGGAACUCGCCGGGACAGAGGAAGGCAAGCCGGAGUUCUAUCCCUACGCAGAAGAAAAGGCCUUUGAAGAGCCAGGCAGAUAUUCUGAACCCCCUUACCCAGAACUCAGCCCCGAAGAAACAUCUGGAAAAGCGAGGCCUGCACACCUUCCCGAGCAGGCCCAAGAGCAGGAGCUCUCCUUGGGGCCCACGACCCCACCGGCACUGACAGGGGCUGAGUCCGGGGAGUCCAUCUUGCUGACCGACCCCCUGAGCACAGUGGACAGCGGGGCCUUUCCCAUGGGCCUACAGCACCGCUUCAGACUGAGCCUCCAGAGCAGCCUGUCAUCCGAGAUGGACCAGGCCUUCCUGCAGGCAGCUGUUCCCACAGAGGAGUCAGUAACCCAGUUCCAGGAUGAGGCCCUGGAGGCGUUCCUGGCCCGGACCCGGCUCACGGCUGAGGAAGCCGCCCUGGCGGACCAAGAGUCAGAGGGCAGCGAGGAGGGAGGAGACGAUGGGUCCCGCACCGUGGUUUUGGAUCCAGACCAUCCACUGAUGGUCAGGUUCCAGGCUACCCUGAAGAGCUACCUGAACCGGCAGAUCGAGAAGGUGAAGCUGGAGAUCCGAGAGCUGGUGGUGGGCACCAAGCAACGCCGGAGCCAGCGGGAAGAGCUGGGCGUGAAUCUGUACGGGCUCCAGCAGCACCUGGCCUACCUGCAGAUGCAGCUGGAGAAGAGCCACGACCGUCACUCCCUCGUGGCCUGCGAGAGGCGGCAGAAGGAGGAGGAGCUGCAGGAGCUGCGCGCGCUCUACACCAAGACCUACGAGGACGCCAACCAGGAGCGCAAGAAGCUGGCCGCCAUGCAGACGGAGAUGGAGAACCUGGCCCUGAACCUCUUCUACAUGCAGAACAUAGACCAGGACGUGCGUGACGACAUUUCCGUGAUGAAGCAGGUGGUGAAGAAGGCGGAGAUGGAGCGGAUGCGGACCGAAGUGGAGAAGAAGAAGCAGGACCUGUACGUGGACCAGCUCACCGCGCGCGUCCACCAGCUGGAAGAAAGCAUCUCCCUGUUUGAGGCGCAGUACGGCGCGCAGGCCCAGGACACGCGGACCCUACGGGAGGCCGUGAGCGAGGCAGCCACGGAGAUCCACACCAUCAGCGUGGAGAAGAAGUACAUCCUGCAACAGUGGUCCACCAGCCUGGUGGGCAUGAAGCACCGCGACGAGGCGCACAAGACCAUCCUGGACGCCCUCAAGGAGUGCCACCAUCAAGCCAAGUCCCUAGACGGCGAGAUCGAGGCCUACAAGAAAUCCAUCAUGAAGGAGGAGGAGAAGAACGAGAAGCUGGCGGGCAUCCUGAACCGCACCGAGAUGGAGGCGAGCCUGAUACAGAAGAUGACCGCCCAGUGCCUGAGCAAACACGAGGUGAUGCAGAACGAGUUCACCACCUACCGGCUCACGCUGCAGGACACCGAGGACGCCCUGAGCAAGGGCCAAGUGGAGCACGUGGCGAUCACGGACGAGCUGCAGGGCAUCCAUCAGGCCAUCCGUCAGGAGAUGGACCUCAGGCGCCACAUGGACACCUCCAUCAUGGACAAACUGCAGGAUCACAUGACCUCCCAGAAGAUGACCAAGUACUUCAACCAGCUCCUGCAGAAACUGCAGAAGGAGAAGACCACCCUGGUGACACACCUCUCCAAAAUCGACGGCGACAUCGCCCAGGCCACCCUGGACCUCACCAACACCAGCUGCAGGCUGGAAAUGCAUCGGAAGACGCUGGCGGAGCUGGACAAGGAGGUGCGGAGGAUGAACGAGCUCCUCAGCAACAGCGAGAACGAGAUCGCCCGGCGCACCAUCCUGAUCGAGCGGAAGCAGGGGCUCAUCAACUCCUUCAACAAGCAGCUCGAGCAGAUUCUGUCGGAGCUGGGGGGUGAAGAGAUGGGGCCCCUGGAAGUGGAAAUCAAACAGCUGACCAGGCUGACCGAAGAGCACGCGGCCAAGGCGGUGGAGGCCCAGGUGAACUGGCUGCGCCUGCAGCAGGAGCUGGUGAAGGUCACCCAGGAGCACGAGGAGCAGCUGGCCACCAUGGACAUGCUCAGCAAGGAGCUUCACAUCAUGGAGCAGAAGAAGCUGCGCACCGACAACAAGAUCAUUCAGGAGAAGAAGGAGCAGAAGGAGAUCAGCUGCCACAUGAAGGGCCUGGACCAGGACCUGAAGAAGCUCAACCUGCUCAUCCACAAGAAGCGCGGCAGCUCCGAGGAGCUGCAGCAGAGCAACUUCGUGGCGGAGAACGAGUUUGUGCGCACGCUGAAGAUGGAAGAGAGAGAGACUAUCCAAAUGCAGGAGAAGCUAGACCAGCUCCAAGAGGAGAAGGAAGCCCUCCUCAACAGCCUGGUGGAGGCCGAAUAUCAGAUCAUGCUUUGGGAGAAAAAAAUCCAACUAGCAAAAGAGAUGCGCUUUGUGGUGGACUCGGAGGCCGGCCAGACAGAGAUCCGGGCCAUGAAGGCCGAGAUUCAGCGGAUGAAGGUCAGCCUCGGGAAGCUCCUGAAGCAGCAGGAGAAGAUGAUCCGGGACAUGGAGAUGGCCGUGGCCCGCAGGGAGAGCAUCGUGAUCCAGGCGGAGGGCCAGAGCAAGAGCAAGAAGGUGUUCACCAGGUCUGACUUCCACCACAAGCAGCUCGAGCUGCGGCGGAAGAUCAGGGACGUGUACAAGGCCACCGAGGAGUCCUCUAAGACCAUCUCAGAAUUGGAAACCAGCCAAAAACUCCUGAGCAGCACCCUGACGGAGAAGCAGAAGACGCUGGCGGCCAUAGAGACCGAGUCGGACAGGAUGGAGGCUGACCUCGAGCAGCUCACGGCCCUUAAGAAACAGAACCUCUUGGAGCUGGGGCUCCUGCGAGCACGCCACAAGCACCUGGAGGACGUGAAGGGUGGAAAGUACGUGUUCCUGUUCCGCUCUCCCAAGGCCCUGCUCAUGGAAGAGAAGCGCCUGGAAGACCGGCUGGUCCGGCUCGGCGCCGUCCUCUCCCAGGUGCAGCAGGAAUACCCCCAGUUCCAGGACACCCUGCUCAAGAUCAGCCAGAAAGUCGCCAGCAAGCUGCCGACCACGCAGCCCCCCUAG